GUUUUCAGUGGAUUGCUUUCCAUUAGCACGUUCUUACAUUCUGAAGAAUGGCUAUAUCGUACCCAAUAGUCAGAAGAGAUGAGCUAGUUGUCGAAGAUCACUUUGGAAAGAAGAUUUCAGACCCUUACAGAUGGUUAGAAGAUCCUGAUUCAGCAGAGACGGUUGCUUUUGUAAAAAGUCAGAACGAGAUUACUCAGAAGUACUUCGACAGAUGUCCAUACACGGAUAAGCUCAAACAUAGUGUUUUGUUCCAGUUGGAAUCCUUAGAUGGGACCGCUUCCGUAUUUCUCGAUCCCAAUGAAAUUGAUGUCGAUGGGUUGGCCGCCAUAAGGGGUUACAGCUUCUCAGAGGAAGGAAGUUAUUUGUGCUACGGUCUUAGUCAUGGUGGCUCCGACUGGGCCGAACUGAAGUUCAAGAGAACCGAUUCAGGCGAAGAACUACCAGACGUACUAAAACACGUCAAAUUUAGUGGUAUUGAAUGGACGCAUGAUGAAAAAGGUGUAUUUUAUUGCAUGUACCGUGAACACUUGGGCAAAGCGGACGGGACUGAGACAACUUCCAACCAAGACCAAAAGUUGAUGUACCAUUUACUCGGGACAGAUCAGUCUGAAGACGUACUGUGUGUCGAACGACCGGACCAUCCCAAGUGGCUAAUAGGAGCCGAGGUUUCGGUCUGUGGACGCUAUUUACUGGUCAGUUAUCGUGAUGGCUGUGAACCGAACAAUUUACUAUACUACUGUGAUCUGGCGUCCAUAAACUAUUCUAUAACAGGCAAACUGAACCUCAUUCCAAUCGUUAAUGAAUUCGAAGCUGUCUACGAAUACGUGACGAACGAAGGGCCGCUACUGGUUCUGAGAACCAACUUGAAUGCGCCAAUGUACAAAUUAAUCACGGUUGACCUAACCAAUCCGGAUCAGACCAACUGGAAAGACCUCAUCGCUCACAAUGAGACAGUUCUAUUGGAAUGUGCAACCUGUGUUCAUCAGGACAAACUUAUUGUGAGCAGGUUGCAGGAUGUCAAGAGCCGUUUGUCUGUGCAUCAAUUGAAAACAGGCGAAAAAAUACAAGAUCUCGAGUUGCCUUUGGGUAGCGUUUGUGGGAUUACUGGUCGCAAGCGCGAUACAAUCGCGUUCAUCCGAUUCACUUCUUUUCUAACUCCUGGGCAAGUAUUCUCGUGUGACCUAACGAAGGAGCCUCUCAGUCUAAAGAUCUUUCGCGAGUCCCGCCUGAGUUCUGUCGACUUGUCUGCUUUCACGGCCAAACAAGUGUUCUACGAAAGCAAGGAUAAAACUCGAAUCCCGAUGUUUAUCGUUCAUCCAAACGACUUGGUUUUGGACGGAUCGCGCCCGUGUCAACUUUACGGUUACGGGGGUUUUGAUAUAGCUAUCACUCCGGCAUUCAGUAUCAGUCAGCUCAUGCUCCUCCUACAUUUUGGUGGCAUUGUGGCCAUUGCAAACAUUCGCGGUGGCGGUGAAUAUGGCAAACCUUGGCACGAUGCUGGCAGGCGGAAGCAUAAGCAAAAUUGCUUCGAUGAUUUUCAAGCAGCCGCUGAGUAUCUGAUUGCUGAACGCUACACUAGUCGUAACAAUCCCUACUCUGUUAGCUGUUAUCCCAUUCCGCAAAGCUCAUGUUCUCCUACUCUGCCACUGUUCUUUAACUUAUCCUCGAGGUUGUACAUUUCCGGUGGAAGCAAUGGAGGACUACUCGUCUGUGCUUGUGCAAACCAGCGUCCAGAUUUGUUUGCUGCGGCUGUGUCCCAUGUGCCGGUUUGUGAUUUGCUACGGUUCCACAAGUUCACCAUCGGUCAUGCUUGGGUCAGUGAUUAUGGAGAUCCAGAAAAAGAGGAGGACUUUAAUGUACUACUACGGUAUUCACCCCUUCAUAAUGUCAAAGUUCCCGACGAUCCCAAUGUGCAAUACCCUGCGAUCCUGAUUUUAACAGCUGACCACGAUGAUCGUGUUGUCCCUCUACAUGCUUUCAAACUCCUUUCAACCCUUCAGUCCACAUUUUGUCACAAUGGUUCAAACCAAACCAAGCCCAUUCUAGCCCGAAUCGAUACAAAGGCUGGUCACGGAGCUGGGAAACCAACGUCGAAAAUGAUUGAAGAGAUUGCCGACAUAUAUGCAUUUCUCCAAGUAGCACUUGAUCUCACUUGGUGUGAUUAGUUAAAAUGCUCUCUUGGAUAAAAAAAACGUUCUUCUUGCAUCAUUUGAUCGCUUUCUGGUUUCGAGUCCUUGGUGUUUUUUUAAAUGAACGUCGUUGCUUG